GGCCCGGGCGCGGCCGCCCCGCGGGAGCACCGCCAUGCCCAAUCUCCGGCCCCGGGCCCGGUCCGGCGACAAGCAGCCCCCGCGGGAGAACGGCGGGUCCCGCGGCGAGAAGCUGCCGGCCUCCGGACCGUCACCCGCCAUCCCUCCACAAGUUCUCUCUAUGAACGAGCUACAGGAAAUAACCGAUGACAUUUCCAAACUGACCAUUGUGCAUGAAAUUGUGCUCAACAGUGACUUCAAACUGCAAGCGGCCAGCUUCUCCCCAGACAGCCUGGAAAACAGAGUGAAGGAGACCUUGCACAAAGCCUUCUGGGACAACCUGGAGGAACAGCUCUCUGCUAGUCCCCCAGACUACACUCAGGCAAUCCAGCUGCUGCAGGAAAUAAAAGAGGCCCUGCUAUCAUUGCUGCUGCCACGGCACAACCAACUGCGAAGCCAAAUUGAAGAGGCCUUGGACGUGGAGUUGAUUAGACAGGAGGCUGAGCAUGGGGCUCUGGAUAUCCACGGUCUCACCACGUACAUACUUGGUGCAAUGGCAAGGCUGUCCGCGCCCAUUCGAGAUGAGGAAGUACAAGGAUUGCAAAGCCUCACAGACCCAACUCAACUUCUCAGGGAGAUUUUCCGGGUGUUGGACCUGAUGAAAAUGGAUAUGCUGAAUUUUACCAUCCAGACCCUCCGCACCCACUUGCAAGACCACACUGUCCAGUAUGAAUGGAAGAAAUUCCAGCAAGUCUUGGAUAAGCUGCCUAAUAGCCUGGAUCGCACGAGAGAGUGGCUGUGCAAAGCAGCAGCAGAAGUGUCCGCAUCCUCUUCGCAGCUGCCACCCCACCCUGCAGUCAGUGGCUCAGCUGCCGCACACUCGCCAGGGACAGCCAGCAGUAGCACAACUGUGCCAAGUCUCGGGUCCGUGCUAAAUCGAGGAUACAUUAAUUUGCUCUGCUGGGAGCCUGGGCAAAAGGAAUACCCUGAGACACUGUUUAUGGAUCAGGCCCGACUGCAGGAAGUACAAGCGCAGGUGAAUCAGCUUACCAUCAUAGCUGCAGUCCUGCUAGUGACCAGUGGCAUGUGUGGAAGCACCUUAUGUGGCUCACCUGGGAUUGUAGCUAGGCUGAAACACGUAACAAAGGUCCUCUUGGAAGGGCUGUCUUGUACCAGGUGUGAAGAAGCUUUAGAAGAUGUUGGUGACCAAGUGCUCCAGGAAGUCAGCAGGACUCUCUCACAGCUGGGUUACCCUGCUUUUACCACUGACAAGUGUGCUUCCCUGAAAGGCCAGAUAAAAAGCAUUGCGGACAAGGGCAAUGCAGUCCGGCAUGUCAUCGAGCAGCAGAUUCAUUCCUUCCUUAGCCUUUUCAUUUCCCCUGAUGGACCGAAUUCUCAAAAAGAUUUCCCAAAGGGCCUUGAUACCAUUCAGGAAGAGCUGUUGGAAGUUGGGCGCAGGUUUAGAAGCGUGAUCCAGCACAACAGGCAGCUGUUUGCACCUUACUACUCAGGAAUUCUGAAGAAGGUGCUUCUUCCAGAUGCAGAACCAGACUCGGACACAGGGAUGGAUUCUUUCUGAUCAUCUUCACCACAUACCAGGCAGGGGUGGAACAGUUUCUCAUAUCAUGCCUCAGCUUCUAAAAAAUCAAUCGAACAAAUCCACCGAGGCCAGCAUUGCUACUGGGAAGUGACUCUUGGCAUGUCAGUGUCUGAAUAAACCUCUCAACUACAAAAGGUAGUGGCUUUUUUUUCCCCCCAAACCUGCCACGAUUUGGUGGGGAAGGCAAUGGGAUGUGGAGCUUAUAAAACUGCAGUGCAGCUUAGGCUUUUUUUAAUUCAAGGCGUUAAUUCUGCCAUGGGCCUGUAACCUACUUUGCUGAAACGUUAGUCACAGCUCAGGGACGCUGUUUGCAUUUGAUAAAGCCACAUGGUAUUUAAAAUCAUUAAAACGGCUCAAUAUAUUUCAAUGUUAGCUUGAAAACCUGACUUACUGAAUUAUUAGAAAUGGAACAUAUGGUAUAAGUUUAGCAAUCCCCAGUGUAUUUAGUAUUUUACAUCAGACAUACUUUACCUGACAUGAAAACCUGAUCUUUAACCUGUAUUUAAGUGUCUGGAUUUCUUGCUCUAAUUUUACAUAAUGAAAAUGUCCUACUUCUUGGAAAGCCAAAAAUCUUUGCUGGGUAAAUACUAUAUACAGUGGCUGCCCAGACUCUUACAGUUGUUACAUGAAUCAGUUGCUGCCGUGCUGCAGAAAAGUGAUUUUAGUGUUAAUCAUGAGUAAAUUAGGGUCCUGACAGUCCCCAACAGAACAAUCCUUGCAGAGGUACAUUAACGGGGCUAAAAAUGAGCUUUUCUCACCAUCAUGUGGAGAGCAUACACAAAGCGGUUGGAGACCAUCGUGCUAUAGGUAGGUCUAUAUUUAGAUACGUGGCUGCGUUUUUAUGCAUAAAUUAGUUUGUCACAAAAUCAUAAUAUUCAAUAUUUGGGGUCGUUAUGACUAACUGCAAGAGCAACAGCUUCAACCAAAGUGACUACUCGGCAGCCAGUGCUCUCCCUUCUACACGCCUCGGGACAGCACAAACCCCCGAUUCCGCUGCCGAAGAACUACAGCAGGACUGCUCCCAGCUUUAUCAGCAUCCUGCGCCCUGCUUCCACAACUGCAGCACGUCAUCUCUGCGCAACCCUCUGAUGUUUUCUUGUUCCUCGGAUUUACAAAGCGGGUGCAGUGCUCGACCGAGCUAAUUCAACACCGCCCAGCUCCUGCCCUCACCCCUUUUCUCUUACCUUCGCAGGUCAGGUCUGUUAGAUGAGGACGAGAACAGCAUUGCUUUAACACAGACGAGCAGGAGGCUUCGAUGUAACACUGAGGUCACAGUGACAACGGGACAAAUGUGUG